AUGGCGGCCGCGUCUCCCUCAGCCUCGUCGUCCGCCGCCGCCGCCGCCAAGUGGUACUUCAGCCGCGAGCAGCUGGAGAACAGCGCGUCGCGGAAAUGCGGCGUGGAGUGGGACAAGGAGCUCUCCCAUAGGCAGCAGGCGGCCAACCUCAUCCAGGACAUGGGGCAGCGGCUGAACGUAUCUCAGCUAACAAUCAACACCGCCAUUGUUUAUAUGCAUCGAUUUUACAUGCAGCAAUCCUUCACCAAAUUUCAGCGGAAUGCAAUCGCCCCCGCAGCGCUGUUCCUGGCUGCUAAAGUGGAAGAGCAGCCUCGUAAACUGGAGCAUGUCAUCAAGGUGGCCCACGCAUGUCUAAAGCCGCAGGAGCCUUCUCCAGACACCAAGAGCGAAGCUUACCUGCAGCAAGCCCAAGACCUGGUCAUUCUAGAGAGCAUUAUACUGCAGACCCUGGGUUUCGAGAUCACUAUCGAUCACCCACACACACACGUGGUCAAAUGCACACAGUUGGUGAGAGCGAGCAAGGACUUGGCGCAGACAUCCUAUUUCAUGGCCACCAACAGCCUACAUCUUACUACCUUUUGCCUGCAGUACCAGCCACCCAUCGUCGCCUGUGUAUGCAUCCACCUGGCCUGUAAGUGGUCAAACUGGGAAAUUCCUGUGUCCACAGAUGGCAAGCACUGGUGGGAAUAUGUUGACUCCACCGUGACCUUGGAACUAUUGGACGAGCUAACUCACGAAUUCCUUCAGAUACUUGAGAAGACACCAAACAGGCUAAAGCGGAUAAAGAAUUGGCGGGCUUGUCAGGCCGCCAAGAAACCAAAGGGCGACGGGCAGGGUGGCGGUGAGGAGAGCGGCGGCGGGCUGAGCAUCUCCAGCUCGGAGAACGCCUUGUCGGAGUUGAUGAGCAUCGCCACCUCCUCGGCCGGCAUGGCUUCCUUCCACUCCCUGUACCCCUCGGCGAUGCAGUCUCACUGCGCGGAGGGCAGCGGCUCAGACCCUCAGCAGUGGAGCACGCAACCACACGGCGAGCUCCAGCUGGACCUGGGUCCUCCCAGCCACAAGCCUCUGGAGCUCAUCCCGAGCGGCAAACAGGACCUGCUCAUGCUGGACAACCACGGGCUGCCGGACGGGGUGUACCAUCCGCAGGGGGAGGGGACGGGGGCCUACGGGGGCGGCCGACACGAGCAGAAGAACGGCGGGGGCAAGUUCCUGCCGCCCCCCUUGGCCUCCUCGGCUGUGCGGGUCAGCCUGAACGAGUACCGGGCCAAGCACGCCGAGGAGCUGGCGGCUCAGAAGCGCAAGCUCGAGAACCUGGAGGCCAACGUCAGGGAGCAUUACGCCUCGGCAGCUCAGGCGCUGAUCAAACAGCAGCUCCACGACAGGCACCCGCAGCCCACCAAGCCGCAGGACUCCAGCCCCAUCCCCAUCAGGAUCAAGAUCCCCCUCGCCAACUCCGACAAGCACAUCAAGCUGCGCCUCCCGGUGACGGGCGGCGAAAGGGCGCCCGGCGAGGAGAAGCUCAAAGUGCGGAUCAAGGUGCCCUCGGACCUGCACAGCUCCUCGGACGAGGGAAGCAGCAAGAGCAGGCACCCGAGCCCGCACAGCGCCAAAGAGCACUCGCACAGAGACCCGGCACCGUCCAACCACCACCAUCACCACCACCAUCAUCACCACCACAGACACUCCCACAGCUCGGGCGGCAGCAGCAGGCGAUCGGGCUCCAAGCACGGCACCCCGGCCUCCGGCGUCCCCGCCCUCAGCAGCAACCACAGCUCCUCCUCCAGUUCCUCCCGCAAACGCCAGCACGGGGACGAGUCCAGUCACAACCACCAGCCCAAAGCCAGCAAAGCCUCCAAGCCCUCUUCGGGAGCACUGCCCUUCCAGCCACACUUCAACCCGAGCAUCCUGGACUUGCCGUUCCCCCCCUCGGCUCCCUCCCUGCAGCAGGGGGGCUACGGGAGGACAGACAAGGACGCUCUAGACGCUCACGGCCAGAGUGCGGGCCCCAGCGAUCACCAACACAACAGCGAGUACCAGGACACCUUCGACAUGUUGGAGUCGCUACUAAGUGCCCAGGGCAUGCAGCCCGUCCCGCAACCUAGGUUCGAUUUCCUCCAACCUUACAGUGACUUCAGGUACCCCGGGGGGAUGUCUGGAGCUCCCAGCCUCCCCAGCACAGACAUCACACGGCCCCCCCCACUCCCCGCAGAGCCGCCCCCUCCCCUCCCGCCACUUCCAAAGUGACCCCUUAGCGACUACUACUGAGCGUGUUUGACAGAUUUUAAAGUAUUCACCUGCCUUAAAAUAAGAGUCCAGGCCUCCCUACACAUCAUUAUAAAUAUGAUCCUGAAUCCCCUUCUCUCUCCCCUCACCCCCUUUCCUCCCUCUCCAAACCCCCCCUCUCCCACCUCCCCCGGGCCCAAGUCUCCGACCGUUGCAUUUUGGCAUAACAUUUAAGGUGGCGCAGAGCUGUAGCACAUUUUUAGGCUCAAGUCUUAAUUCGUAUGUGUUUUUUUUGCAGUUGUUAAGCACAAAUGGGCUUCCGACAACAAAUUGCAUUUAUAU